AUGCCUCAGCAAAAGACCUCCUCACUCAAGACUUAUUUCGACGAGCUAGAGGAGACCAACGGCGAUGAUGAAUUUAGAGUAUGGUUAAGUAGAGCCUUUGAUGCCAGGGCUGAACUGGCGACUUUCUUCGCUGACCGUCGAGAAGGAAGGGGAACCAGGAGAUACAUUGGCUUCCUCAAGGGAUCCUUCAACUUGAGCUUCCGGUUCAGCUUCGACGAUGGUAAACCAGACGUCACAAUUCGGUUUCCAAAACCAGGACACACGGCUACAGCGUUGAGGGACGAAAAAGUCGUGAAUGAGGAGGUGCAGAUCAUGGAAUAUCUUCGCCAAAACCCUAAUAGUCCUAUCCCUCGUGUUCACAGCUGGGGAUUACUCGCCGAGAGCCCACGACAGCUUGGUCCAUUUAUCAUCAUGGAUUAUGUUCAUGGGACACUUUUAUCGACGAUUUUGAGACAACCUGAUACAGAAGAUGUGGUUUUGAAUCCGAAUAUCGACAAUAGAAUGUUGGACAAGAUCUAUUAUCAAAUUGCCGGUUAUAUGCUCCAGCUUUCUCAACUUACAUUCCCGAGGAUCGGUGCAAUCUCAAAGGACAAUGCUACGAGUACAUGGCAUGUCACCGGAAGACCCCUAACAUACAACAUGAACGAAUUAGCCACUGUCGCCAGCUACCCCGUUGACCAAUUCCCAACCGGGCCAUUUGACCGUGCAAGCGAUUAUCUGAAAUCGCUCGCAAACGAGCACAUACUCCACCUCCAAACCCAGCGCAACCUCGCCAACAAUCCAAAAAUCGCCCAGAAGCGAUUCAUCGCCCGCCAUCACUUCGCACAGCUAAUCCCGAAAUACUACCCCAAAGACAGCGGGGUAUGCAUACCCUUCUGCGACGACCUACGACCCGCGAAUAUCCUGAUUAACCCAGAAACACUCCAAAUCACCGCCAUCCUCGAUCUCGAGUUCACAAAUGCCAUGCCGGCGGCAUUCACGUAUGACCCGCCCUGGUGGCUGUUGCUCACGGGGCCGGAUUUAUGGCUUGAGCGCGACGCGAUGGAGGAGUUUGUGGCUUUGUAUGAGCCCAAGAUGGAGCUAUUCUUAAGUGCUUUGGAGAGAGCGGAGACAGAAAGGGCAAUAGAGGGAAGACAGAAGGCGGGUGGAAUGGCCUUGUCUAGCCGAAUGCGUGAGUCGUGGAGGAGUGGGCGGUUUUGGUUUGACUUUGCGGCGAGGAAGAGCUUUGAUGUUGAUAUGGUUUAUUGGGCUGCUUUCCAUGAUGAUGGUGAUGGUAAGGAGGUUGAGAGGCUUGGCGGUAUGGCGUGUGCGGACAUGGAGUCUUUUAUCCAGAUGAAGAUGGAACAGUUGGAGGCUUAUAAGGAGGAGUGUACCGCUCGGUUUUCCUCGGAAUUAUAG